CUCUAGGACAUCACUUUAACGCAAAAUUUGUUUUACUACACAGAUUUACUGAACUUCUUCAUUAGAAUUUUAAGCGCGUCGGCCGAAGAGUUCUUCUAGUUACUAAUUAUAUAGGUUACGUCCACUAGACAAAUGUCUGGAUCUCGCACAUUUUUUGUUGGAGGGAACUGGAAAAUGAACGGAAGCAGAGAAGAUAAUGAAAAGUUACUUAAAUUGCUCUCAGAAGCUCAUUUUGGUGACAACACAGAAGUUCUAAUUGCUCCACCAUCCGUAUUUUUGCACGACGUUCGAAAAAUUUUGAAGAAGGAAAUACAUGUUGCUGCUCAAAAUUGUUAUAAAGUAUCAAAGGGUGCAUUUACCGGAGAAAUCAGCCCUGCAAUGAUAAAAGAUAUUGGUUGUGAAUGGGUAAUACUUGGUCAUUCUGAGCGUAGGAGCAUUUUUGGUGAAUCUGACGAAGUAGGUUUUUUUAACAGUACCAUCAUAAGGAAACAACUUCUAUUUUGUGAUAUAUAAAUGGACUUUCUAACAGUAAUUUUGUGGACAGAAAUACAACUACCUUCAUUUAUUUCUGAUAGUUAACACCUAUCCGGUUUGAUACAUUAUAACUGAUUUAUAAACAUUAAGAUAAAUAUUGGCUUACCCAUUUGUUAGUUUAUAAAACAAAGGUUUGCAACAACUAGUUCAAACUUGAAAGAUGUUUGCUGUGAACGUUCCUAGAGAGUGUAUCUGGUGUGUAAUUAUAUUUGCUGAAAAUAAAGUCACAUUAAAAUAAAACAUCCGUGACAUACUGAUUGCAGUAAAAUGUCCACUGUAUAUUUAAUUGACUGCUGAGAUUGACCAGAUUUCUUCAUUUGUAAAUGUUUCAACAGAUAUGAUAUAUAUUUACCAUUAAAAAGAAAACUACCGAUCAUUGUCAAUAUCCAUAACUUUGAGAAACUGCACUGAGGGUUAUAAAAUUGAUGGACAUACUAGAUUUCACGAUCCUAAUACAAUAUCUGGACUACUAAAAUAUAGUAAAAAUAAAAACUGCGAUAGAUUUGGACCAAUUACCUGUGAUUUUAUUUUAUGUACAUUUGUUUGUCAGGAAUAUCAUUUGGUAAUCGAUAAUUUGGAUUAGACAGUUGGUUUUGAUUCUUUUCGUUAUGAUGCAAUCGGAAAAAAUUAGUGUUUGUUGAGAAUAUUUAUGAACACAUAUUCCACUUUCUUAUGUCCUGUGGUCGUCCGAGUCUUCUACUGGCAUUCAAGCUUUCUAUACUCGUGUACGACCAGAUACUCGAUUGAGAAAGUCAAAGGUGAACUUGAGCAUAUUAUUGUCUAAGCGAGUCAAAAGUACAUCCAAUAAACCUCCGUAUACGUACGUCUAUAAACCUCAGAAGAUCAAUCCCCAUUUUAAAUCGAAAGCGCAUCUGUUUCCUCAGAACUUACCAUUUGUUAUUUGGCCUGUCUAAUUGGCUAGGUGUACUCUAUUUAUCUCCUUAAAAAUGUCGUUUUUGAAUUCAACCAUGUGAAUUUGAGGUGGUAAUACAUAAACGUUCAAGUUGUUUAUCAUUAUUUGGUAGAAAUCCAUCAGAUGUUUCUUAUAUAUCUAAUAAGCGCCUUAAAUGUUUCAUAAAUACAGUUUGUCUUAUCUGGAGCGUUUUGGGAACAAAAUGCAAAAUAAUAUCGUCAAUGUUGUUGGGAUAAAACCUUAAUUGUGCUGAAGUAAACGCUAAGUUAUGAGUUAUCUUCAGCUAAAAACUAAUCACAGAAUAACAAAUUAUUUGCAAACAAAUUAAAAUGUAGCUUUUGACGACUUACAAUAUCAUAGAUUAAGCAAUAUUUGUGCCUGCUAAUAUAAUCCUCAACGUCCUAUCUUCUUGUGAUUUAUGUCUAUGUAAAAUAGUGUUUGAUUGUGCAAGUUACUAGAUUAGGUUGGUAGUUUUCUUUGAACUAUUACUCUGUAAUGGGGUACCUAGAGAGUGAAUCAUUCUGAUAUUAGUUGGGGUAAUUGCUACAGGUAAUGGAUCAGAUAACAGACUUAUAAGCGGCCACCAUUUAAUGUUAGGUUGCUGUGUAGGUUUAGCCUGGGAUUUACUAGAAGAGCUUAGGAAACCGAAUCGGGCGUUUAUUUAGGAAACUUAUCAGCAUAGGAACAUAUUGAAAUAAAGUUAGCAGCCGUUUCUCCAAUCCAUUACAUUAGCAAAUAAUUUUCAUGACUGCUGGUUUGACUUGUGGUAAUUAUAUCCCAUACAUACUUUUACUCGAUUCCACAUUUCAAACACCGUUCUCGUAAUUUUAGUCUGCCACUUUAUUGACACAACUAAUUUUACUAUUUGAAUUUCCUCCUUUUAGUUUUCUCAUAUUACUAUGAUAUGAAAUAUGAGUACAUUUAUCACUUUUUUUCUGAGUAAUUGAAUCCGUUGAUAGAUAUAAAAUUUACGGCAAUCAUACUAGGUAAAAACCUUAAGAAAAAACUGUUCUCAACGUAUUAGCAUGCAAAUCGUUCGUUAGUUUGCACCUCUCUUCCAAUGGGAACUUCUCAACUGAAAUAUUACAUGGUUUCAUGUCGUUAUUGAGUUAAGUCGGUUUAAAAACGAUUUUUUAAAUGGUAGAGCUAUGCCCAAAACUCGCUUAAUGUAUUCAAAAGUAUGUUAGCUUAUCGAUUCCUAUUGCGAUACAAAAAUAAGAAACAUCUAAUUAAAUCGAUCGAUUGAUUUGUAGUUGUUGACUUUGAGCUAGCUGUUUAUUUCAUUGGAUAAAACAAUCAAUUCACAACAAAACAUCUGACAAGUGUUUUCUUUGUUUCCACUUUAAAUUUUUACUAAUGUGAAUGUUUAGAAGGAAGCUUUCUACAUGAUUUGAUGUAAAAUUCACGUGCAUUAAAUAGGAAUUCGAAAUAUGUAAAAUGCAAAUAUUCAGUGUUCCCUAGUUGUCCGUAAUUAUAUAACUGAUAUCAGUUUGUAACAGAAACUAUUUUAAAGUUUAAACGACUCAUCACAAACAACACAGUUUAUUAUUUAAAGCUCUGUUCCAUUUAAAACUUAACAAACUACCGUAGGAAUUUCAGCAUUGUUUAGGAUCAAUUUUCAAAAUAGUCUAUUGCAAUAUUCUAUACCUUAGUGUGAUAGUCAGAAGUUCAACUUUUUUCUACUCAUCUGUUAUAUCCGAGCGAAGAUUAAAUCAGGAGUAACUUCUGAGACAUAUUAAUUGACUAAUAUUAUUUAUACAUUCUUAUGGUGUAACUAUUCGGUAAUUAGAUUAUGUAUAUUGAUAUUCCUCUUAUUAUAAGCUUAUUUUGACCCAUUAUUUAUUAUUGUACGAUUUACUGUUCUUAAGCUAUGUUCAGUUUAUUAACUACUGCCUCUCACGUUCACAGUCACUUUUUGGCUUUAUUGUGUACAAAUGUUAUUUGCUAUUUUAUGGUGCUUUGCGGUCCGUUUGGUUGAUAUAUAAACCCAGUAUGUCUGAGAUACAUGAUUCGAUUCGAUUCGCAUAUUGGAAGCUGGUGUUUGGUGUUCUGGACUCAAGUGGACGGGCUAGGCGGGCAUAGGACCAAUAAGGACGCUGGGCUGCUCAUACCGACCGAACGUCAUUGGUUUGGUACAGUGCUAAGAUUGUAUGAGUCGUAUUUUGAUUGGUGGAUAAAUCACGUGAUAAAAGCUGAACAUAAACUCAUAAAAUCAUCAAUAUAUUACAAAUAUAUAGUUUUUGGCUCAAACAAUCAUCUGGUUAUUCGAUCUUAUUGCUGAAAAAGUUCAACAUGCACUUGCUGAAGGUUUAAGCGUUAUUGCAUGUAUUGGUGAAACAUUAUCAGAGCGUGAAUCUAAUAAAACGGAAGAAGUGUGCGUUAGACAGUUAAAAGCUAUCGCAAAUAAGAUUAAAUCGGCUGAUGAAUGGAAACGAGUAGUUGUAGCAUAUGAACCAGUUUGGGCUAUUGGAACAGGUAAAGUUGCUACACCACAGCAAGCUCAAGAGGUUCAUAAUUUCCUUCGUAAAUGGUUUAAAACAAACGCACCAAGUGGAGUUGAUGAAAAAAUACGUAUUAUCUAUGGUGGAUCUGUAACUGCUGCCAAUUGUAAAGAAUUAGCUCAACAACAUGAUGUCGAUGGAUUUUUGGUUGGUGGGGCUUCAUUAAAACCGGAAUUCACGGAUAUAUGUAAAGCCAAACAAUGUUGAACGUUUUGUCAGUCUUCUUCUUCUUCUUACUCUUCUUAAUUUUGUCUCUUCUCGUGUCAGUUACUUCCCUUUUUGUAUUAACAACCAAAGCACAUUAUAAUUAGUGGUAUUUUAAUGUCUAAUGUAAAGAAAUAUGACUACUAGUUCGAAUUACUUAAUUAAUAUCAGUCAAGAAAAUAAUACUUGUCGAUUUAGUUCAUUAUUUCAUUUAUCGUCCCUUAUAUUUAAAUUUCGUAUGUCCUAAAUAUACCUUGAAUUAAUAAUUUAAUAAGUUCUGUAAAAUUUCGCUGGGCCUUACUUAAUAUAGAAUGUACAAAACUUAUUGUCCGUAUUGUCAAUUAAUUAAAACAAUUUGACGAUAUUUUGUACGUUGAAAUUGGUAGCUUGAUAUUGUUAGUCCGAGGCAUAUUAAAGACAAUAAGUUUCAGCAAAUGUUGCUGUAAGAAUAUCUAGAAAAAUGGAAGAGAUAUCGAUCAUGUUUGUAAUCAACCAACUUCGGUUGAUUAUUAGUUCACAUUAAAGUCUAUUCAUACAUAGUUUUGAACCUUUGAGAUGAAGUCAACAAUUAGAAUUUAUAAAUGGAACCAAUUUUCUAGCACUUGGUUAAUUAAAUCACAAGUUCUAAUGGUUGUUCACAGUUAAUCCUGCUUUAAGGAAAGUGAGACCUCUUCAGUUUACUGAUAGCUGAUUUGUAUAACUCAGUAGUCAAUCAUUCUUCAGUUUUAUAUAAGUUGUUUGGUGUUCCAUGAUUGGCAAAUAUACUGCUUAGUUUCCAUUUUGAUAACUAUAUCAAAAAGUUUACUCCUAGAAGUCGACAAAAAUAUAAAUGAUUAAUAGUUGAAUAACCCAUCUAGGAUUGAUUUUGUUAAUAUGCUUCAAUACUUAAAUGAAAAUGAUAGGUGUGAAUACCACAUAAAUUCAGUGAAAUGCCUACUCAUAGGUUGGGUGUCUCAAGUAUUCAAGUAAUUUUAAUUUAUAAAAGUUAACUAACUUUUGAAAAAGUUGAACUGCCUAUCAGCUACAGUUUCAAGUAUUAAUAAACGAAUUCAAUCGGAAUUGUGGAAAGAUAUAGGCAUAUUCAAAUGACUCAAGUAUCAAUAAUAGUGGGAAAUUUAUUAGCAAAUAAAUCACUAUUUAGACUAAUGAGGCUAGAGUACUACUUUUUUAACUGGAAAACAUUCAAAUGUUCAAUUAUCUGAAGAUAUAAAGUAAAGUGAUGAUCAACGACAUCAAAAUGUCCUGCUAUUACUAACAUCAAACCUAAAGAGCAAAAAGGUAACUGAAAAUAGUUAAGAGAUUUUGUGGCUUUACAUUACGGAUUGAUUUUAGACUAUCAUUGUAAACAAAGAAUCACUGAUAAUCUGUUUCUUCAUAAAACAAGACUCUAGAGAGGUGCCAGUACAUUACUCUAACAGAAAGCGAAUUCAAAACACUAAAUCAUCGUGGUGAACGACUACCACUUGAGCCUUUAAGUUUGUAUCUUACGUUUUACAUUUCUAAAUUCAGUCGACUUGUGACACUGUACAACCAUCUUCCAAUUUCAUUGGUGAGUAACUGCUUCACUAGCAUGAUUGAACUCUCCUGGUCACGAAUUCGAACUAGAGAUCAAAGAAUUACCGCUGUAAGUUAGUCACUAGUAAGCAAAUAACGAUG